GAGGAGCUAAUGGCUGAGUUCACAGAGAAAGGACGAUACUAUUUGGGCGGUGCGGUUGGUGGUCGUCGCAAUGCAAUAACAUUCGAUAUGGAGUACAUAGUACUGUGAUUCUUAUAUUUCGGCUACUACAAAUAGAUAAGUAUCCAUUAACUGUCUAGUCAUUCCAUCAUUUAGUGAAUCUGUUUCAGAAUUCUUUAGAGCGCGUAGGCUAUGCAUUUGAUGUUCCUAAAUUUAUGCAUUGUUACAGGAGAGGCGUUGUUCUGAUAGCAAUUUGGUGCGGUGACAGUUAAACUGUUGUAACAUUUAGAUACGUAUUAAUGUAGCAAUAUUUCAAAUGAUAAAUGUUAUCCUCGCAACAGCGUGUGGUGGCGAUUCUAAUUUGUAUACAAGCCUGGUAGUGGUUAAAGCGCUAUUGAACGUUUUGUAGAAUACUCGGUUACUAGGUGAAAGGUUAGGGACAUUGCUCUCAAAUAGUUCGUCUUCGGGUCGUGUAUGAUCAUAGGUAAGAGACCAGGCCUACGCUCUGUAGGCAACGCUGCAUUAUAUGAUAACAUUUUUGCACUUUAACUAGCCAGCCUAAAACAACAAAUAAAUCACGGUUCAAACACAUACAGUAUGUAAUCCUGUAAGCCAUACUAUAAGGUCGUGACAACCUCGCAUUUAAUUUUAAUUCAUUACACAUAUUUACAUUUUCACUGUUCAAAUUAGUCAAGUUAGUCAUUUUUAUAAGAGAGACUGGUCCAAAAGCACUCUUACCUCUCUGUCCUCCACUGCCACGUGUAGUACACCCUCUAUCCUUACCCCUCUGCCAUUACAUUUUAACACCAUGCUGUAGGCCUGUCUCGCUCACUUAUCCCACCCUUAUAACCCUUUGAAACUCCUCUCCUCCACUGCUAGGAUGCGCAAUGCAGCGAGUGCCUCUUUGUCUCUGGGAUCGCUGGGUCUGCUGCGUCUCUUCGGGGUCCCCUGGUCCUGGAGCUUAGCAGCAGGCUUCGGGGUCUUUCUGGGCACAGGUGGUUGGAAGUACCUCUACAUCGUAGUCCGUACUGCCAAAAGAGACCUAAAUGGCCUUUACGUGUUGUUACGAGUCAAGAUAGCCUUGUGGCACCACCUACGGCGCAACAGCAAUAUCCCCUCCAUCUUUGCCCAGACAGUGAAGCAGCACCCAAAUAAACCCGCCCUCAUCUACGAUGCCACAGGAGAGACGUGGACCUUCACCCAGCUGGACCUGCUGUCUAAUGCUGUGGCCCAAUGGGCUCUGGCCCAGGGCUGGGCCCCGGGGGAUGUGGUAGCCCUCUUCAUGGAGAGCCGGCCCUUGCAGGUGGCCCUCUGGCUGGGCCUGGCCAAGGUGGGAGUGGAGGCAGCACUCAUCAACUUCAACCUGCGGAGGGACGCUCUCCUGCAUUGUGUUGGAGUGUCUGUGUCCAGGGGGAUUGUGUUCGGAGCCGAGCUG